AUGGGGCUGAACCUGCUGCGCGGGAAAUUACCAGAUGAUGAACUGAACCAAGGCAAUUCUUUUUCAAGUAACUCCAGCGAUCUGCAAGCAAAGAACACAACCGCUAACAAGGAAUUUGUCACCAUAGUCCUACCGGUUCUUUACCUUGUCAUAUUUGUAGCAAGCCUUCUGCUCAAUGGCCUUGCGGUGUGGAUUUUCUUCCAUAUCAGAAACAAAACGAGUUUCAUUUUCUAUCUCAAAAACAUCGUGGUUGCAGACCUGAUAAUGACCCUGACAUUUCCCUUCCGGAUAGUUCGCGAUACAGGAUUCGGGCCAUGGUACUUCAACGUUUUCCUCUGCCGCUACUCAUCUGUUCUCUUUUAUGCAAACAUGUACACGUCCAUCAUCUUCCUCGGACUGAUCAGCAUCGAUCGCUACCUUAAGGUGGUGAAGCCAUUUGGUGAUUCUAGGAUGUACAGCAUCACUUUUACAAAGGUUUUGUCUGCUUGUGUUUGGGUGGUCAUGGGUUUUCUGGCCUUACCCAACAUAAUCCUCACAAAUGGUCAACCGACGGUGGAAACCAUCAAUGAAUGCACAAAACUUAAAAGUCCUCUAGGCGUGAAAUGGCACGAGGCAGUCACCCAUGUGAACAGCUGUUUAUUCGUUGCCGUCCUAGUGAUACUGAUUGGAUGUUACAUUGCAAUAUCCAGGUACAUACAGAAAUCUAGCAAGCAAUUUAUUAGUCAAUCAAGCAGAAAACGAAAGCAUAACCAAAGCAUCAGAGUUGUGGUGGCUGUCUUUUUCACAUGCUUUCUGCCCUAUCAUUUAUGUCGAAUACCGUUUACAUUUAGCCAUUUGGACAGGCUGUUAGAUGAUUCGGGACACGUAAUUCUCUAUUACUGCAAAGAAAUGACACUUUUCUUGUCGGCAUGCAAUGUAUGCCUGGACCCUAUCAUUUACUUUUUCAUGUGUCGGUCGUUUUCACGGAGGUUGUUCAAGAAAUCAAAUAUCCGAACAAGAAGCGAAAGCAUCCGGUCACUUCAGAGUGUCAGGAGGUCAGAAGUACGCAUUUAUUAUGAAUAUACUGAUGUGUGA